AGCGCGCCGGGACGGGGGAGCGGCCGCGCCGGGCCGGGCGGGUGGGCGGCGGGGGCGCGCUCGGGGACCCGGACCGCGUGGGCGCCGGCAUGGAGGGGCGCCGAGGGGCGGGGAGCGGGCGUGCGUGUGUGUGCGAGAGCGAGUGUGAGGGAGGCCGGCCUUUAGUGUAACCGGAGCUACAAAGAGGGGGAGAGUCCGGGCGCGCGAGGGAGGGCGGGCGGGAGCGAGGGAGGAGCGCGGCGGCGCCCGGCAUCUCCGCCACCCUCCCGCCGGGAAGGCGCCCCCUCGGCGGAGCGGCCUCGGCCCCCACGCGGGGCGGCCCGUCGGCCCCGCGCCCCGCGCCCGCGCCCGCGCCCGCCGGGAAUGAUGAAGAAGAACAAUUCCACUAAGAGGGGGCCUCAGGAUGGAAACCAUCAAUCUGCAGCGCCCGAGAAGGUCGGCUGGGUCCGCAAAUUCUGCGGGAAAGGGAUUUUCAGGGAGAUUUGGAAAAACCGCUACGUGGUGCUGAAAGGGGACCAACUCUACAUCUCCGAGAAGGAGGUAAAAGAUGAGAAAAAUAUUCAAGAGGUGUUUGACCUGAGUGACUAUGAGAAGUGUGAAGAACUCCGGAAAGCCAAGAGCAGGAGCAAGAAAAAUCACAGCAAGUUUACUCUUGCCCACUCUAAACAGCCUGGUAACACGGCACCCAACCUGAUCUUCCUGGCAGUGAGUCCUGAAGAGAAGGAGUCAUGGAUCAAUGCCCUCAACUCUGCCAUCACCAGAGCUAAGAACCGCAUCUUGGAUGAGGUCACCGUUGAGGAGGACAGCUAUCUCGCCCACCCCACUCGAGACAGGGCAAAAAUCCAACACUCGCGCCGCCCCCCAACUCGGGGACACCUCAUGGCUGUGGCUUCAACCUCUACCUCAGAUGGGAUGCUGACCUUGGACCUGAUCCAAGAGGAAGACCCUUCUCCUGAGGAGCCAACAUCUUGUGCUGAGAGCUUUCGGGUGGACCUGGACAAGUCCGUCGCCCAGCUGGCCAGCAGUCGGCGAAGAGCAGACUCGGACCGGAUCCAGUCCUCCUCAGACCGGGCAAGCAGUCUUCCUCGACCUUGGGAAAAGCCAGACAAGGGGGCCACCUACACUCCCCAGGCACCCAAGAAGUUGACCCCCACAGAGAAAAGCCGCUGCGCCUCCCUGGAGGAGAUCCUGUCUCAGAGGGACACUGGCCCAGCCCGCACCCUCCGCCUUCAGGCUGAGGAAUCCGCAGCCCCCAGCCCACCCCACCCGGGGCAGCUAUCCCGGAUCCAGGACCUGGUAGCAAGGAAACUGGAGAAAACUCAGGAGCUGCUGGCAGAGGUUCAGGGACUGGGAGAUGGCAAGCGAAAGGCCAAGGACCCCCCCCAGUCUCCGCCCGAUUCUGAAUCAGAGCAGCUGCUACUGGAAACAGAGCGGCUGCUGGGAGAGGCGUCAUCAAACUGGAGCCAGGCAAAGAGGGUGCUGCAGGAAGUCAGGGAGUUGAGGGACCUGUACAGACAGAUGGACCUGCAGACCCCUGACUCCCACCUCCGACAGACCACCCAGCACAAUCAGUACCAGAAGAGCCUAAUGUGAAGGAGGGGGGCAGGGUCUGGAACUCGUGGGGGUUGGACAGACUUAUCUCCAAGUGUUGCAGGAUAAAGCUUUUUUAUUUACCUCAAUCAAAAAAAAAAAA